UUUUUUUUCUGCAAAAAAAAAACCCACCCUGCUUUUGGCGUGAAGAAGAAGAUGGAAGGUAGCAGUGGGAAAGGCUACGCCUGGGCAAUCUCAGCUGGUUUCAACGCUGCAUGCGCUGCCGUUUCAGCUAAGCUCUUUUUCCCUCCGGUAAUUAGAUACGGCCUGGUCGUAAUUUUCAACGUCAUGAUGUGGGGAUGUUAUGUUAACAGCUUGAAAGCUCUUUCAUCUCUUCAAGCAACCGUUACGAAUUUCGCUACUAAUUUCCUCACUUCCGGCCUUGCCGGUUUCUUCUUGUUUGACGAACUAUUGUCGAUUAAGUGGUUUGCAGGUGCCAUGUUCAUUGUCAUCGGUGUACAUAUCCUCAGCAAGUCUAGCGUAGAGAAGAGCGAAAAGACUGAUUAGAGUUUUUACAUUAGUGGUGCUGCAUUUCAACCGUUAUAACUUUCGGGUUCUUUUGGAAUGGAAGAGCACUCGAGAAAAUUGUUUUAAAGAAUCUCUCUUUCAGUCAUCAACCGCCAAAUUAUUGGUGCUAUGAGUUACCUUUAUCGGCUAAAGAGAUGAUUUUCAGUUUCAGCACUAAUGUUAGUCUGUCGGAUUCAGAAUUUUCACCAUCUUCUUUUUUAUUUGUCUGGGUAUAUAAUUAAGUCAGUUACAGACAUAUGAACAGAGUUGAAAGAUUUGUGAUAAUCACAGAUUCGGUUUCUUUUGUUUCCA